AUGGAUUUUGGUGCAACCCCUACUUACUACGCCAAGUACGCCCGCGAGGACUUUGUCAAUUACAGAGAGGUCAAGGCCAGCGACGACCAAGCCCUCCAUGAGCUUUUCCUCAGGGCCUACAAUCACUCCCUAUGGGUCCUCAACAAGUACUCAGUGGACGAAUCUACGACCGAUAAGUUGAAGAAAAUAUGCUCCACUUAG